AUGCCAUCACGUAAACUUCAACGAGAUUCAUUGUCUCCACGAUGUUUUGCACUGAAGUCUUUAAGUGAGCUGCGGGAAUGGAAGGCAACACCUGAAGACAUUUACAAUAUUCCAAACAUUGCUUUGCAACCACGCAGGCAGAUAGCGCAACGUCCAAAGUUGUUGAUAAUACAUGAUAUGGCAGGAGGAUAUACUGAGGACAAAUAUAUACAGGGGAAUAACUAUCAAGAAAUCUAUAAUUUCCAGCACUGGCAUCUCGUUGAUUGCUUCGUAUAUUUCGCUCAUGAACGUGUUUGUAUACCACCAGUCAACUGGUCUAACAUCUGCCAUAGAAACGGCGUGCCUUGUUUAGGAACCUUCAUAAUUGAAGGAAAGAACCUGAUGCAUGAAAUGGAAACACUGCUUAGCGGAAACCCUUUGGAGGACGAUAAUAAUGCCGAUCCUUUAGAGAUAUGA